GUGGAGGAGUUGGAAGCCGGCGCAAAAGUUUCCUCCCAACUCCGGCCCCGCGCGCCGCCGCCGCCGCCGCCCACUCCAGCCCGGGGACUGGGGCCGGCCCUGCCACCGCCGCCGGGGCCAGCGCAGGGCCAGACCGGCAGUUUCGCUUCGGCGGCCGCCGAUCAGCCGCCUCGGCCCGGCCAGAGGAGGCGGAGGAGGAGCCGGGCCGCCCAGCAGCCGAGUCCCGGCCGCCCGCCACCUGGGAGGUGGCCCUUCCCGUGGCCGCCCCCUCCCCAGUUCCCGCCUGAUAGCAGCUGACUGCCCGGCGUAAGGGGCUCCGCCGCGACCCCCCAAGGCCCGAGGGGGCGGCAGGGAGAGGCGUUCGGGUCCCGGGCCCACAGUUCUCCGAGAGAGGGGCUGUGCCUCCGGGUCAGACACCUGUUCGGCCUGGCCAGGAUGAAAGUGACCGUGUGCUUCGGCCGCACCGGCAUCGUGGUGCCCUGCAAGGAGGGCCAGCUGCGCGUCCGGGAGCUCACCCAGCAGGCGCUGCAGAGGUACCUGAAGACCCAGGAGAAGGAUCCUAGUUGCGGGGUGAAGAUUCAUCACUUGGAAUACACAGAUGGAGGAAUCCUGGAUCCAGAUGACGUCUUGGCAGAUGUUGUUGAAGACAAAGAUAAGCUGAUUGCGGUGUUUGAAGAACAAGAACCACUCCACAAGAUUGAGAGCCCCAGUGGAAACCCUACAGAUCAGCAAAGCCCAGAUGCUUUUGAAACAGAAGUGGCUGCCCAACUGGCUGCGUUUAAACCCGUUGGUGAGGAAAUUGAAGUGACGCCCUCUGCUCUGAAACUAGGCACGCCACUGCUGGUGAGAAGAAGCAGCGACCCAGUCCCCGGCCCACCUGCUGACGCCCAGCCAAGCACUUCACACCCUGGCGGCCAGAGUGUAAAACCUGUUGUUCCAGAUUCCGCGCAGAACUUGGAAAACAGAGAAGUUAUGAACGGCGUGCAGACAGAACUAUACACAUCACCAAAAACCAAGGGCACACUGAGUGACAUGACAAGAACUGUGGAGAUUUCUGGAGAAGCAGGGCCCUUGGGAAUACAUGUAGUACCCUUCUUUUCAUCUCUGAGUGGAAGGAUUCUAGGACUGUUCAUCAGAGGCAUUGAAGAAAACAGCAGGUCCAAGCGGGAGGGACUCUUUCAUGAAAAUGAAUGUAUCGUAAAAAUCAACAAUGUGGAUCUCGUGGACAAAACCUUUGCUCAGGCCCAAGAUGUCUUCCGUCAGGCGAUGAAGUCCCCAAGUGUGGUCCUCCACACGCUUCCACCUCAGAACCGUGAACAAUAUGAAAAAUCAGUCAUUGGACCUCUUAACAUUUUUGGUAACAAUGAUUGCAUUUUGAAAACAAAGAUGCCGCUUCCUGUCCAUGGAAAAUCUGGAGUAAAGACAGUUAAUCUUGCAGGGACAAACAGUCCUGAAGCAGACGCAUCAACUUCCCUGACACAAAACAAGAGUCCCCGAGUGCCAAGACUUGGAAGAAAACUAUCCUCUCCCCCACUCUCCCCUCUCAUGGGAUUUGGCAGCAAGAAAAAUGCAAAGAAGAUUAAGAUUGACCUAAAGAAAGGCCCUGAAGGACUGGGUUUCACUGUGGUUACGAGAGACUCUUCCAUCCAUGGUCCUGGUCCCAUUUUUGUAAAAAACAUCUUGCCAAAAGGAGCAGCAAUAAAAGACGGACGCCUGCAGUCGGGGGACAGAAUUUUGGAGGUAAAUGGAAGAGACGUCACCGGAAGAACUCAGGAAGAGCUCGUGGCCAUGCUCAGGAGCACCAAGCAGGGAGAGACAGCGUCACUGGUCAUCGCCCGCCAGGAAGGAAAUUUUCUGCCCCGAGAGCUGAAAGGAGAACCUGACUGCUAUGCGCUCUCCCUGGAGACAACCGAGCAACUCACCUUUGAGAUUCCCCUGAAUGAUUCAGGUUCUGCUGGCCUUGGGGUGAGCUUGAAAGGCAACAAGUCCCGGGAAACGAGAACAGACUUAGGGAUUUUUAUCAAAUCCAUCAUACACGGAGGUGCUGCUUUUAAGGAUGGUCGCCUGCGAAUGAACGACCAGCUGAUUGCAGUUAAUGGGGAAUCACUUUUGGGAAAGUCUAACCAUGAAGCUAUGGAAACGCUCAGACGGUCCAUGUCCAUGGAGGGAAACAUUCGAGGGAUGAUCCAGUUAGUGAUUCUGAGGAGGCCAGAGAGACCAACGGAGGAGCCUGCAGAGUGUGGGGCACUUUCCAAGCCAUGCUUUGAGAACUGUCAAAACGCUGUAAGCACCUCCAGGCGAAAGGAUAAUAGUACCCUGCAUCCACUUGGCACUUACACUACGCAAGGCAAACAGAAAGACCUAUCGCUUCCCCCUGAAGGAUGGGCUGAGAGCGAAGCACCACCUUCCCCACCACAUCCUGGUCUGGAAUUGGGCCUCGAAGAUUACAGCCACAGCUCUGGGGUGGAUUCAGCAGUAUUUUUUCCAGAUCAGCACAUCAACUUCAGAUCUGUGACACCAGCCAGGCAGCCUGAAUCAAUUAAUCUGAAAGCCUCGAAGAGCAUGGACCUGGUGCCGGAUGAAAGCAAAGUUCAUUCAUUGGCUAGACACGAAUCGGAAUCACCAGCCAAAGAUUUUGGUCCAACUCUGGGUUUGAAAAAGUCCAGUUCCUUGGAGAGCCUGCAGACCGCUGUGGCUGAGGUCCGGAAGAACGAACUUCCCUUUCACAGGCCCCGGCCACACAUGGUUCGAGGCCGAGGCUGCAACGAGAGCUUCAGAGCUGCCAUAGACAAAUCUUAUGAUGGGCCUGAAGAAUUAGAGGCUGACGGGCUGUCUGAUAAGAGCUCUCACUCUGGCCACGGAGCUCUGAAUUGUGAAUCUGCCCCUCAGGGGAACCCUGAGCUAGAGGACACAGAAAAGAAAGCCAGGAAAGUCAAAAAAACGAAAGAGAAGGAGAAGAAAAAGGAAAAGGGCAAGUUGAAAGUCAAGGAGAAAAAGCACAAAGAGGACAAGGAAGACCCCGACAGGAAAAUGAAGAAGGGACUCGGCGCCAUGCUGAGGUUUGGGAAGAAGAAAGAGAAUAAGGGCGGGAAGAGGGAGCAGAAAGUGACUCCGAAGCACGGUGGCCUGAGAGAAGAGGAGCUGGAGAAAAUGAAGGAAGAGCGCGAAAGGAUUGGAGCAAAACAUCAGGAGCUAAGGGAAAAGCAGGCAAGAGGUCUUGUGGAGUAUGCUGCUGGUGCAUUCGGAUCAGUGCACGAUAUGGAUGAUGAUGAAAUGGACCCCAAUUACGCCAGAGUGAACCACUUUCGGGAACCGUGUGUGUCAGCAAGUGUCUUCAGAUCUCCAUCUCCUCCUCAGGCUGGGCCAUUUGGCUUCCCUCGGGACGGCCGCCCACUGUCUCCAGAGAGAGACCACUUAGAGGGUCUCUAUGCCAAGGUCAAAAAGCCAUACCACCCCCCUGCUCCAGUUGACAGUGCCCGUCCCCCGAGUGGGAGCACCGACCGGAUCCAGAAGUUGAGGAAGGAGUAUUAUCAGGCUCGGAGGGAAGGCUUCACUUCGUAUGAAGAUGAGGAAGGGAGAGCGAGGCAGUCUGAUUACGAUUUUCUCUGGGUGUCUGGAAAGGGUCCAGAUGGGAAUGCGCACAACCUUCACUCGGAGGGGAUGGAGAGGCAGUGCGCGUCCUUACCCAGGGGAGGGCCAGCAGAUCCUGGGGACUACCUGACGGCAGCACCGCGAGGGCUCUACAAGGAGAGGGAGCUGCCCUAUUACACCGGGGCGCAACCCCUGCACCCGCCCAGGGGGAGCUACCUCCGCCCCCCAGACCCCAGGGUGGCAGAGCUCCGCUACCCUCAGUACUACCCCCCGCCGCCAGCCCCCCAGCACAAGGGACCCUUCCGACAAGACGUUCCACCCUCUCCUCCGCAGCACCACAGAGUGCCCGCCUUUCAGGACAUGGGCAGACCGGGGCCCCGAGGGGGCAGCCCAGACAGGUACCCCUACCGAACCCAGGAUCCCCGGCAGAAGAACCCCAUGACCGCAGCCGUAUAGCCAGCCCCGCCCGGAGGGGGAGACGUGGAGUGCCACCUGCGCCCAUUCCAGACCUCAAGACCGUCUACCUGUUAAGAAUAAUACAUGGUACAAAUUAGCUAUUGAGGUUGCAAUACUUGAACGCUGGUCGGAGGGGGCGGGAAAGGGCAGGGAGGUUGGGGGGCAAAAGAAACCAGAAGGAAGAGGAAGAAUGGGACCAUGAAAACAGUGCUACCUGAUAUUCGAAAGGCUUUCCGAAAUUGUCAGCGCAGAGUGGCCAGCGGACAUCAGCUCCCCCGCUGUGCUGGGUGGUGCCUCCCCGGGGAGGGGACCUGAGUCCGUGCGCGCACAGCCCCGCGCACAGCCCGGCGCACAGCCCUGUAGACUCGGCGGUAGACUC